GACGUCGCGCUGUCAACAUGUAAGAUGGCGGCUCAUCACAGGCAGAAUGCAGCUGGGCGCAGGAAAGUCCAGGUGUCCUAUGUAAUACGGGAUGAAGUAGAGAAAUACAAUCGCAAUGGGGUGAACGCACUGCAGCUGGACCCCACAUUGAACCGGCUGUUCACUGCCGGCCGAGACUCCAUCAUCAGAAUCUGGAGUGUGAACCAGCACAAGCAAGACCCCUACAUAGCAUCAAUGGAGCAUCACACAGACUGGGUCAAUGACAUCGUACUUUGUUGUAAUGGAAAGACUUUAAUAUCCGCUUCCUCAGACACCACUGUCAAAGUCUGGAAUGCACACAAAGGAUUUUGCAUGUCAACACUGCGGACACACAAGGACUAUGUGAAAGCGCUGGCAUAUGCAAAGGAUAAAGAGGUGGUGGCAUCAGCAGGGCUGGACAGACAGAUAUUCCUUUGGGAUGUAAAUACCCUCACAGCACUGACUGCCUCAAACAACACGGUCACCACUUCCUCCCUGAGUGGGAACAAGGACUCCAUCUACAGUCUUGCCAUGAAUCAGAUGGGAACAGUAAUUGUUUCCGGGUCCACAGAGAAGGUUCUGCGAGUGUGGGACCCACGGACCUGUGCAAAGCUAAUGAAGCUGAAAGGACACACAGACAAUGUAAAGUCUUUGUUAUUAAACAGAGAUGGAACACAGUGUUUAUCAGGCAGCUCCGAUGGGACAAUCCGCCUGUGGUCCCUGGGCCAGCAGAGAUGUAUAGCCACAUACAGAGUCCACGAUGAAGGGGUCUGGGCUCUGCAAGUGAACGAGGCUUUCACCCACGUUUACUCAGGAGGACGGGACAGAAAGAUCUACUGCACAGACCUGCGCAAUCCAGACAUCAGGGUGCUCAUCUGCGAGGAAAAGGCACCGGUUCUGAAGAUGGAACUGGACAGAUCUGCAGACCCCCCUCCAGCUCUCUGGGUGUCCACCACAAAGUCCUCCGUAAACAAAUGGUCCCUGAAAGGUAUUCACAAUUUCCGAACAUCUGGUGAAUAUGAUAAUGACUGUAGCGCUCCCCUGACACCCCUGUGCACACAACCUGAACAAGUGAUCAAAGGGGGAGCUAGUAUUAUUCAGUGCCACAUCCUGAAUGAUAAGAGACACAUACUUACCAAGGACACCAACAACAAUGUGGCAUAUUGGGAUGUACUUAAGGCCUGCAAGGGAGAAGAUCUGGGAAAGAUAGAAUUUGAUGAAGAAAUUAAAAAACGGUUCAAAAUGGUAUAUGUGCCAAACUGGUUCUCAGUAGACCUGAAAACUGGGAUGCUGACGAUCACUUUGGAUGAGAGCGACUGUUUUGCUGCCUGGGUGUCUGCUAAGGAUGCUGGGUUUACCAGUCCAGAUGGUUCAGAUCCCAAACUAAACCUGGGUGGGCUGUUGCUUCAAGCUCUGUUGGAAUACUGGCCAAGAACACAUAUCAGCCAAGUGGAUGAAGAAGAAAGUGAAGUAAACCACGUUAACGGUGAGCAGGAGCCUCGAAUACAGAAAGGAAAUGGGUAUUUCCAGGUGCCGCCCCACACGCCGGUCAUCUUUGGUGAAGCAGGGGGGAGAACUCUGUUCAGAUUACUGUGUCGAGAUUCAGGGGGUGAAACAGAGUCCAUGCUUCUCAACGAGACUGUUCCGCAAUGGGUUAUUGACAUCACUGUGGAUAAAAACAUGCCUAAAUUCAACAAAAUCCCUUUCUACCUCCAACCUCAUUCCUCUUCAGGAGCGAAGACAUUAAAGAAGGAUCGAUUAUCAGCUAGCGACAUGCUGCAGGUCAGGAAGGUGAUGGAACACGUGUACGAGAAGAUUAUCAACCUGGACAACGAGUCCCAGAUAACCAGCGCCUCCAAUAACGAAAAGCCUGGAGAGCAGGAGAAGGAGGAGGACAUCGCCAUGCUGGCAGAGGAGAAGAUUGAGCUGCUGUGUCAGGACCAGGUUUUGGAUCCAAACAUGGACUUGAGAACAGUGAAGCAUUUCAUCUGGAAGAGUGGCGGAGACCUGACCCUCCAUUACCGACAGAAAUCUACGUGAAUCAAGAAGGGCCAGGAGUUCCAACACCUGCUCAUCCCCAUCAGCCACCACCAGCCUGUACUGUUAAUUAGCGUAGCGGUUUCCAGCACCGCCGAAGCCCCACACAACCCUGUGUUAGCUGCGUGCUUCAAUGAGCAGCCCUGUACAGACCAUUUCUAACUAUCAAAAAGAGGAAGUCCCUUCAUGCUGUAACAUAGGAACAUUACAGGGUAUAUAAUGACAUUUGAAAUCACUGCUGUCUGAAUCAGGACAGAGAAAAUAAGAAGGGGGGGUUGUGCUGUGUACAGUGGAUGGAUUAAAGAAUAUUUUCCAGGACAACCCUUUUUUUCUUUUUGAAUUCCUAGUUUGCUGUCUUGUUUAGAAGGAUAGAGCGUUUGAUUUUAUUAAUAUUGUUUGCAAGGCUCCGUGUUGAUCGCUUGUACACGUCAGCGUUCGCGUUGUGAUUGAUCGGUAAGCGCACGCUUUCGUGUUACGCUCUGGUUUUUGCAGUACAUUCCAGGACACAGUACUUGUUUCUAACAUCGUGUUCCACUCCCUGUUUGUGUCUCUUCAUAUCUGUGAGCGAGUGAAGGAUGGGGACAUUCAGUAACAGGAAAAAGAAAACAAUCCCAACACGUUCUUUUAUCGGAUACAAGUAACGAUGGGCAACGACCUGGCAUGUAUCACUCCACCUCAUCAUUACUAUUGAAAUGCAUUCAUUCACUGUAGCAAGAACUGUAAAACAACCCCUUAAGCAUUGUAGACGGGAGAGACCGGACCUUCUUCGCACACAACUUCUAUGGCUUGCACUUUCUUUUACAAGAUAAAGCCACAUAGACCUAUUGUUUUCUUUUUGUAAAUGAUCUGUACAUGAAAACCAAACUUUUUUUUUUUUAAAGAGACAAAUACAAGUAAA